GCUGCUUUUUAAGGAUUCCGAAGCUUUCUCUUGCUCGAUAGCUUGGUAGAGUUUUCUUGUUGCAGAAAAUUUUCAAGUUUCAUUCUGACUUCCAGCAUCUCACCAGUUUCUUCGCAGCUUCACCGGGGAAAGUCUUACAGCCUAUGUCCUGUUCGAGAUCCCGAUUUGUUUUGCAUCUUUCUGAAUAAAGGCCUCUGAAGACAGGCAAAAAAGACAUUCUCUACUAAAAGAACUGGACAAUUUGCCUUUGGGUGAUAUCUAACUUUUGCUUUUUCUUCUCUCUUUCCUGGUUUUACUUUAAACUUUUACUCAUUUUACUGCAAAAUCAGAUACUGUUCUUUCUCUUAUGCUGUAUUGAUACGUUUCUGAUAAGUGAUUUUUAAGGAAAGUUAACAACUUAUUUGGUGUUAGAUAAAAAAUGCUCUUAAUUUAACAGGGUAUAUAGAAGAAUCACUAACAUAUAGCAACAUCUGUUAAGCUGUUUGUGCAGGGAAUCAUUGAAACUGCUAAUUUAAACGUAAAAUAUUUCACUUGACAUAUAUAUUGAAAGCUGUUACUUGUAGAAUUGGUUAAGAACAGUUUCUGUAUUCAGUUUUACAGAUUUAACUUAGAUUUUGCUUUGUAUGAUACAUUGAUGUCAGUAAAUAUGGCAGCAGGUGGAAUCAUGGUGCCAGCUGUACCCGUCCCAGAGAAAACAGUAGCUCUUCAGAUUGGAACUUGCAGUCCAGCAGAAAUGCUUGACAGAGUCAGAAAAACCCAGGUGUACAUCCUUUCAGGAGUUUCCAGACAGGUGGAGAAUGAGCUGAAAGGAUUUAAAAGGUCAGUACAGAGGCUAAAUUAUAACAUGAAUGAUCAAUCCCAUGUAGUUGGAAUACAGAGAUGGAAACGUUCAAUUAAGGCAUGUCUAAACAGGUGUCAAGAUACCUUAGUCAAUUUAGAAAGGUGGGUUAAGAGGGAGAUGAAUUCGUGGAGAGGGGUCUUUUCCCGCUUUGAAAAAAUGGUUAGUAAGGCAGAUCAGAACUUAUGUAGGACAUGUCGAAUUGAAGAACAUCACAGGAGAUCCUUCCAUGAGAAAAGUGAUAAGGAAAAGGAGGCAGAGGCAUCUCAGAUAAUUGAUCCUUAUGCCCCAACCCCACCUAGCCCACCAGCACCCCCAACCCCCCCACCAAGUUGCCACCCACAUCACUGGGUUGUAAUCUCAGUAGAUAUUUUAUCCCCACCAGAAUUUGAUGCAAAUAUGUCAGAGGAUCCCAGGGAAUUCCUAGUUAACCUUGAGAAAUAUUUUAAACGCAGUGGCUGGAAUGAGAAAAUUUGGUUAUCCCAAGUAGACAAUCAUUUGAAAGGUGCUGCUCAGAAGUGGUGGGAAUACAGGCAGGAGACAGUAGACAACUGGCAUGAUUUCAAAGUGGCUUUUCUGCAGUAUUGUGAAAGGUUGAUAGUUAGAGAGGCCAUCAAAAGGGAUUUAGAUCUUCCCCAAAGACGUUGGGAACCACUAGAACAAUUUGUUUGGAAGAAGAGGGCAUUGUACCACAGGCUUUAUGUUGAUGCUAAUGAAGAAGAGAUGAUCAAUUACAUUAUUAGUACUCUUCAUCCUGAGAUCAGACGUUUCCUAAUGCCACCAUAUCCUAAAACCAUGGAUCAACUUGUCCAGAGAGGGAAAGAAAUACAGUUUGAUUUUGAACAAUCUGAAAAACAAACACUGAAGGCAGCCUACUCAGAUGAACAAAUUAGCACCAAACUGAAGGUCACAGUUACAAAAGACCCUUAUGAUAGCAAUAAUAGUUGCACAGAGAAAAUGUAAGCAAGGGUAUAGAAAUGACUGAGAAAGUUAAGAGAAAACUUUGAAGAAUGUGAGAAUUUGUUGCUUACUAAUUUCAUUGACAAGCUGAGUUCUCUUGAUAACAGAGCUUAAUAUGAAGAGUGAAACAUGGAAGGGAAAAUGAUUAGAAACUUAAAUUAAGUUUUGUGAACUUUAAUGCAUCAUACUUAACUGAUUCAUGAUUGAGAUUCCCUAGAUAAUUUUACUGUGGAGGUGUUAAUCUAAAUAGAGAAAGGGAGUAGUAUAUGGAACUUUGACAAUCUAAUGGUAAAAUAAGAGUAGAAAGUGUAAAUGGUUCUGUCAUGGUAAUAGCAAGUUUGUUUAAUAAUUCCAAUUCUGUUGGUAAUGCAGUCUUAAUGGGCCUUUUUACAGUGGCUGUAGAUGUGUUUUCUGAAGUCUGGGAUUUACCAGCAGGUGACAGAAUCCAUACAUUCUUUCUGGUUUGUCGGAAAAUAUGUAAUUUCUAAAAAUCGAACUAGAGCUAAUGUGAAACAUAGGACACAUUGCCCUACUAAUAACUAAAACAUGAAUGUGUUCAUUUCUUUUUAAUUUAUCAAACACUGCUAAUGGACUUCUUUAUUCAGUCAGAGAAUUGCCACCAGAAUCUGGUGAACAAGAAUUAUUUUGGGUGGGAGCUGGUCAGAGUAAGACCACAUUCCAGUAAUGGAAGCUAGAAACCACUUACAGGUGGUGGAAUGUUCUUCAAAAGAGCAGAUAUCUUCUCACUUUUAUGUCUGUUGAGAAGGACUGUGAAGUCUCUUAGCACUUGUGUUCUUUAAGACAAUUCAUAAUUUGUUCGGUUUUAAGAGCAUUUUUAUAUCAGAGCUGCAAAUCUUAGUAACAG